ACCUCAAGUUGUCUCCCCUGUUUCACAAUACAGAAAGUAGGAAUUCACGGCAGAUGGGUGUUCACGACAUGUCAAUACGAGGAGAGUAAUUAUACACAGCAGACUUCGUUUUGCAGAGCCAGUGAAGACUUCAGAGAUGCUGAAGUAUUUCCUGCUUGUAAUAAUAAUUGCAAUCGAGGGAAAGUGUGAGGAGUGCCCCUUGGGUACAUAUGGUGAAACCUGUGACAAAAACUGUAGCAGUAACUGUGCCCCUCCACUGACAAGAAAGUCCACUGUCACAAACUGACUGGAAAGUGUUCGGAAAGAUGCAACAGAGGCUGGCAUGGGGACCAGUGUAAUCUGGGGUGUAGCAAGAACUGCCACGAUAAUGUCUGUAACGUACAUACUGGAACUUGCAUACGAUGUAAAGCGAACUAUUCAGGGGGAUUAUUGUGAGACAUACAAAGAAUGUGGUCCAAAGGAAUGUGCACAGCAGGCGGCACAAGGGACUGCAUCAACAACACUGGCCGCAAUACUUGUUCCGGUGUUCAUCAUCCUGAUCAGCAUCAUUGUUGCUCUAAUUGUGUACAAUCUUAGAAUAAGAUCGAAGGGGCGUAAACAAGGAGUGAAACAGUUCUCGAAUGAUGAGGGCGACAGUGAAAGGCUUACCUCUCAGAAAUGUAACAACACAGCUGCAAGUAAGUUUCUUUUAGCUCACCUAAGCUUCUUGAAAUUAUUGUUUAAAAAUCAGUAUCGCAGAAAUGUCCCGGUCAUAGUAUUCAGACCAUGUGGGUAUUCCCUAGCUGAAAUCAAUAGUUCAAGCGAUUUCAAAAGUUUCUUAGUUGUCAUAGUUUCUUCAAAACUGUAUUAAUUUUGAUGACUUUGUCUUCUUGUUUCAUUAGAUCUGAAAAUUGUCUAUUUAAUACAUUCAGCAAUCAUUCUGUGUAUCCCCUCUUGUAAUAGAAGCGACCUCCUGGCAGGAUCCUUGAUUCUCUAUGCCAUCUGUUUAUGUCCAUAAUAUCCUCUUUACGUCAGUUGAUCUUACGUACGUACAUGUGUAUAGGUCAGUGACCUUGCACCAUAUGACGUAAUAUGUAGGGAGACGGCGCUCAUCUUCAACAGAAGCGGGCAGAUUGUCGUGGUGUCGGUCUUGGUUGUCGCCUCACCAACAAUUACGUCGAUGAUGAAGAAUAGCCGUCCGACUUCUGCAUGUAUGUAACUGACAGAGCGGGUCUCCGCAUUGGCCACUCAGUUCCGGUGUGCGUUUUGCCACGUGUUUACAGUCAACUUGUACCAUUUAGACCGAUAUUCCCAAGCUACAGUACAAAUGGCUGCUGUUGUUCUAAACCUCAACGCUGACCUUGUUUACCAUUUGUCAACUAUCCUUCAAUACCAACAGACUGCACCAACGCGCAUGGACAGCUGAAUAAAAUCUGUUGAAACCAGUUUUGGUGAAUUCGUGCCAGUCUCAAACGUUCCUGUGGAUGGCGUAAGCGACACAGACGGGACUUGAGGACAAGCGUGUAACCUAUGAGCAUGGUGGCAGUUGCGUUGUCUGGGAGUGAACUUUUGUCCCAAAUACUUAACGGAGAGCACUCGUCCAACAAAGUGCACUCCCGAACCUGCGACAGCGAGAUAACGUCAUCAAGAAUUGAUCUUCGCUUUGAGUUGUUGCCCAUAAUCUCCUCUAUCAUGGUCAGCCACGACCCUGAAACUAUCCCGACUUUGUCUAGCGCCAAGUUUCUCCAUCGUGUCAUGACACUGAUUUUCUCAUUCACGUGAACGUCGGCCCAUGUUUAGAGUUGCAAAGGAUACAGCUGUUUUCAUACGCGUGUCUGAGGACUGAAGAGCAAACGCAACCUCGCUUCUCCUGCACAUGAUUGUACUUCAUGCCAUCAAAGUACAGGUUU